UUGGCAUUUUCAUGCGUGCCUGGUUGAGUCAAUCACAGAAUGGCGCUUAUAUAAGGAUCCUCUGAACUGUUACAGAUGCACUGAAGCACUGUUGUUUAAGACUGAUCUUUGAAUGCAGACAUUAAAUGGACUGAGCAUUGUUUUUUUUUUUUCCAUACGAGUCGUUUCUGGAUAUAACGUGAGUCGAGCAGACUUUCAACAGCCUAUCAUCACCAAAACAAGAUAUAAACACCAAAAAUGCUGAGGGGAAUCCAAUGCUGAGGACUUCUUUAUCAACAAACAGACUAAAAUGACCCACCCGUGGGAACGAUAUUAUACAAAUGAGGAGACAAUAUUGACGAAAUAACAAAAGAAAUCCAGUUUAUGGCUUUGCAAGAUGUAUGUGGCUUGCAGAACCCCCCUCUGUUCCCUGAAUGGAGCGCUCCACUCUCACAGUCCUUUAUGCCGGAGGAGUCCACUCAUCUGUUCGGAGGGGGUGUUCAGCACGGAGACGCUUUCUCUACACGGCUGCCUGGGAGGGGCGCUUUGAGUCCUCUGGAAUUUUACAUGCCGAUAUCCGAAUACCUCACACGGAGCCCAAUAAACUUUGGUCAAAUUAGCCUCGGUUCAGCGCCGAAAAACCUUCUGAAUGACCAUGUCCACCCCUCAUUGCCGUCCAUCUCUCUUCCACCCCCCACACCCUUCUCCAUCUCUCCCUCCGUCCCUCUACCGUUCACUCUCUCUCACGGUACCACAACUCUCGGCUUCGCGUUUCAGGGAGGUGUUAUCGCGGCGGCCGACACGCGCUCCAGCUGCUCGGGACAGGUGGCCUGUCCCAAUGCGCCGAAGGUCCUGCCCAUCCACUCUCACCUGGUGGGCACCACCUCCGGGACCUCGGCGGACUGCGCGCUCUGGAAGCGCAUCUUGUCUCGAGAGCUCAGGCUGUACCAGCUUCGACACCACCGCAGGCUGUCAACAGGGGGCGCCGCGAAACUGCUGUCCCACAUGCUGCAUCCUUUCAAAGGCACCGAGCUGUGCGUCGCAGCCACUCUGUGCGGAUGGGAUGGGGACGGCGAAAAAGAUGGGAAUCACCACGCAAAAAUGAUGCCAAUCACAGUAAGCGAUUCAAGUAGUAGAUCUAAAUCGCAACAGGUGGCCAAAGCUCGUUCUGGGACGUGUGGCCCUCGGGUUGUGUAUGUGUGCAGUGACGGGCGUCGCCUGCAGGGGGAGCUGUUCUCUGUGGGAUCGGGCUCUCCAUACGCAUACUCGAUCCUCGACAGCAGCGUGCACUGGGGCAUGAGCGCGCAGGAGGCCGCGUGCGUCGCGCGCGAGGCCGUGUACCGCGCCACGCACAGAGACGCGUACUCUGGCAAUAACGUGGAUCUCUACCAUGUGACCGCAGAAGGGUGGAGGCGCAGAGAGAGGGAGAACCUCAAAGAGGAGUAUUACAGAGAGAAAGAGAGGGAGAGAAGGAGGGUGGCGGAGAGACAAACUGAAAAGAAAGGAGUUUGAGGAGAAACAUGAGGCAGAUUGUUUUGAAAACACUGAUUUUGAAAGAAAUGUGUAUUAUUUUCUUCUUACAAGCAAAGCAAAUAAAAAGAU